CCCUGUGUAGGGUGAGAGGAUACGGCGUUCCUAAACUGUACCCGCUCAGAGAGCCCGGCUGGACAGACCUCUAAAAACGCCGUGCUGUCGGUAAAGUUUCGUUCAGAAGCGAGGGGGAGAAACAAGAAUCUUCAGCAUGUGAAGCCUACAAAGUAAAACGGGCUGUCUGAGCCCUUGGGCUUUUUCCCAGGAAGCGUUUGCGUGCAUUUGCCAUGGGCAACCCUACUGAUGGAGAAGAGGUUUAUGUGGCUGUUAUUCGACCAAAGAAUGCUGGAAGCCUCAGCUCUCGAGAUUAUCGAGCAAAGCUAUAUGAAAUAUUAAUGAUUGAGGUACCAGUGGAAGGCCAAAAGAAAAAACGGAGGAAGAAUCUAUUGGAGACUAAACUCCAGGGAGAAAAGGACACAUCGCAGGAAAUACUGGACUAUGUUUUAGAGUCCACCAAACUUAUUUCACCUUCAAAUCAAGGUGUUAAAGGUAAAAGAGUUGUAUUGAUGAAAAAGUUUCAACUUGAUGGAGAAAAGAUUGGCCGGGAAGCUGCUCUUUUUCUGGUCCCCACGGCUGUUAAAGAAAAUGCGAAGAGCACCUAUAACCCAGGGACUCCGGUUUUCUACUGUCUGCAAGAUAUCAUGAGGGUCUGCAGUGAAUCAAGUACUCAUUUUUCCACAAUUACAGCCCGGAUGUUAAUUGCUCUAGAUAAGUGGUUAGAAGAACAGCAUACCCAGUCCCAUGCCAUCUCUGCUUUGUUCAGGCCUUCGCCUUUAGAGAGGAUUAAAACCAAUGUCACGAACCCUGCGUAUACCACGGAAUCUUCCCAGUCUGAGCAUUCCCUGCACAUGGGCUAUACCGCUCUGGAGAUAAAGAGUAAAAUGAUGGCCCUGGAAAAGGCUGACCUGUGUAUCUACAAUCCUUUGUUUGGGUCUGAUCUUCAGUAUACGAAUAGGGUUGACAAAGUGGUUAUAAACCCAUACUUUGGACUCGGAGCUCCCGAUUAUUCAAAGAUACAGAUCCCAAAAAGAGAAAAAUGGCAAAGAAGCAUGAGCAGUGUCAUGGAAGACAAGGAGCGCCAGUGGGUUGACGACUUUCCUUUGCACCGCUGUGCCUGUGAAGGCGAUACAGAACUGCUUGGCCGGUUACUGGAUAAGGGCUUUUCAGUAAACCAGUUAGACAAUGAUCAGUGGGCACCAAUUCACUAUGCAUGCUGGUAUGGCAAGGUGGAAGCCACGAGUAUGCUCUUGGAGAAAGGAAAGUGUAAUCCUAAUUUGUUAAAUGGCCAGCUCAGUUCCCCUCUUCAUUUUGCCGCCGGGGGAGGUCAUGCAGAAAUCGUACAGAUUCUAUUGAAUCACCCAGAAAUAGACCGGCACGUCUCUGACCAGCAAGGACGUUCUCCCCUAGACAUCUGUGAAGAGAACAAGCAGAGCAAGUGGGAAGAAGCUGCCCAGCUGUUACAGGAUUCAAUGAACAAGCCGUAUGAAAAAGUGCGUAUAUAUCGAAUGGACGGGUCAUACCGCUCAGUGGAGCUGAAGCAUGGGAAUAAUACGACGGUACAGCAAAUCAUGGAGGGAAUGCGUCUUUCACAAGAGACCCAACAGUACUUCACCAUUUGGAUCUGUUCAGAGAAUAUCAGUCUUCAGUUGAAGCCAUUUCACAAACCUUUGCAGCACAUCAGAGAUUGGCCAGAAAUCGUUUGUGAGCUGACAAACCUAGAUCCACAAAGAGAGACUCCGCAACUCUUUCUUAGGAGGGAUGUGAAACUUACUCUAGACAUAGAGAAAAAAAUUGAAGACCCUCUUGCUAUUCUCAUCCUUUUCGAUGAAGCCCGGUACAACCUCCUCAAAAGUUUCUAUCCAGCACCAGAUGCAAAACUUAUCACUCUAGCCAGCCUUCUCCUCCAGAUAGUCUAUGGGAACUACGAAAGCAAGAAACACAAGCAAGGAUUCUUAAAUGAAGAAAAUCUAAAAUCUAUAGUACCGAUCACUAAAGUGAAGAGCAAAGCACCGCAUUGGACAAAUCGAAUUCUUCAUGAGUAUAAGAAUUUGAGUAUGAGUGAGGGUGUGAGCAAAGAGAUGCAUCACCUGCAGCGGAUGUUUCUCCAGAAUUGCUGGGACAUUCCCACGUAUGGAGCCGCAUUCUUCACUGGCCAGAUCUUCACAAAGGCCAGUUCCAGCAACCAUAAAGUCAUCCAAGUGUACGUUGGAGUCAACACAAAAGGCCUGCAUCUGCUUAAUCUGGAAACCAAGGCCUUGCUGAUCAGUUUGAACUUUGGACGGUUCACAUGGCAGUUGGGAGAUGCAGAUAUUUGUUUCCAAAUCCAUAGCCUGGAAAAUAAAAUGAAUUUUAUCGUACACACGAAGCAGGCUGGCCUUGUAGUGAAACUUUUGAUGAAGUUAAGUGGUCAGUUUACACCCGCCGAUCGGAAUGUGUCUGAAAGAUAUGGUUACGGCUAGCACCCCAAGAUGGCCUCUUGCUGCUUAUUGACGGAUUAUUGGAGUGUGACAAAGUGACAUGUUUAUGAGUAAUUUGUCCAUAAAUGAGUCCUCACACUUCUCUCUCUGCAGUAAUCACUAUGGACCAGGAUGACUUAAUUUAUGACUGACUCUUCUUGUUUUCUCAUACAUCUCUUGCACUUCCUGCUUAUAGACUUUGGUGAAUCGAAAUGGACCAAAGUGAAUUUGGUUCUGGUUAGCCAGCCCAAAAUGGAUUCUUAACGCCUUUUCACAUUUACUGCAUUUUGUGCUUAGCUUGCCCUACAAUCAUUCCUGUUGCCUUCUGAUACUUCUAUCUAACAUGGAGACCAAGACUAAGCUUCGCUAAUUUAAGAUAGACUUUUCCAGCCUAAAGUGUCUUAUGCAUUCCAUGUUUCUACAAUGCAAUGAGAAUGAAGGAUUCGGUUUUAUCCCGUUGCCAUAAGGAUAUCCUGGUUUCUUCCAAAAAUGACUAUUUUGAUGUUUAGUUUGUUUUUUGUAUUUUGUUUUAUUUUGU